ACAUAAAGUGGUUGCAUAGCAACGUCAUAUGGCAUUUGCCCGCAAGUGGAUACUAACAACUGCACUAAACCUCAGGCAGGCAAUUGUUGUAGUAAACAAAGAAACACUAACAAAUGUUGUGGAAAUUCAUUUCUUGGAAAAACAAAAAUAUUUAUCAAAAAAGCGUAUAUUAUUUUGAAGUUAAAUUUUCCUACUUCUAAGAAUACCAUCACGGCGAAUUUGUGACUAUCAUUGGUAUUACACGGAACUAAUUAUCGGCAAUUGAAUGACAAUGAAAAUCUCAGCUAAUGGGUGUAAUUCUGUGUAAAUUUUGUUGUUGCCGUUGUUGUAAAUGCUGGGAUGGAAACAGUGUUGGCGUUCUUCCAGAGAAAAAACUCAAAUUCCUACUACUCGGCUUGGCUGGCAGUGGAAAAACCGAGAUAGGCCACUAUCUUAUGGAGAAGCAACGUCUAGACUACGAAUCAACAAAUGGAGCUCAUAACUAUUCGAUGAAGUGCGGGAAUGCUCAGUGUUCGAUAACGGAAAUUGGAGGCAAUGAUGACAUUCAGAAUAUUUGGCAUCAUUAUUAUGCAGGGACAAUGGCGAUAAUUUAUUGCUUCGACCUGUCUUCAACGUGGGAAAAUAUGAAGAAGUCAUUUAGUUUACUACACAAAACAUUGAAAAAUCCAUAUAUUAGUGGCAAACCUGUCCUGCUGGUGGCAACAAAAGCCGAUCAGGCCAAUGAAAGUAUACAACUGUAUGAUAUUGAGAACUCGUUUCGGUUGCAACGAAUGGCCAGCACAUGUGGGAGUGCUCUUCGGCUAUGUGUAUACGAUCCAGGGACUAGUGAUGUACCAAGAAAUAGCAACACAACCAUAAAAUCCGGUAUCAAUUGGUUAGUGAAAUACAUAUUGGAUAAUUACGAUCUGAUACAAAUGCGUUUGAGCUGUGAUAAAAAUAUGAAGGACUGGGAGGAACAUCGCAACAAACUGGUGACCGAAGGAAAACUAAAUUUUCGAGCCUAUCAAAGGUUUCCCAAAGCUUCCAAUCGUCAUAAAUUAUGGCGUUUAUCUCACAAACGCUUACGUCGUAGCUUAAUACGACCACGUACUGCUCCGCCAAAAUUAAGUUUUAUCUCCACAUCGAAAGAAAAUAAUUUAACUGUUCGGAAUACUUUUUCUUCCACGCAAAUCUCAUUAACUGACUCAAGUAAGGUGCCAAAUGGUGUACUGCCGCAUGAAGAUAACUCAACUGUAAUUUGACGAAAUUUUAAAUGUUUAAAUAAAUUGUUGUUCCUUUUGAAAA